AUGGCAGACUCAUACCAAGCUUGUACGGACUAUAUUCUUGCAAUUCCUUGGUACAAGUUCCUCACUGGCUUGACUCUUAAUUAUCAGGGUAAGGAUAUUUCUACCAUGGUUGAUGAAAGUGAUAUUUUUACGAACACCGAGAAGGUGUAUUUGGAAGCAUGGUUUGAUUUAAUUGGCUCAUUUCGCAAAACAUAUACGGCACAACCGAGUCAUUUUUCACAUGAUGAAUAUUGGGACUUCUUCGGGUCACCCCCUUCUACUAUUCUCCCUCAGCUAUUUGAUGAUUUACCAGCGGAUUUUUUCAACAGUCGUUCCAAGAAAUUUAAUAUGGAGGAUAAACUGUUGAGCGAACCCUUCACUGUUAAAGAUUUAGAUGAACUAAUAGCAGAAGACCCAACGGUCUAUGGUGAUGUUUUCCACUUUCCCGAUGCCGCAGAAAGGUUUCCAAUAAUCAAAACAGCUCAUGCAGAUUUUCUUAAUACUAUGGAUAACAUCGAAGAAUAUUUUGGACUUUGA